AAGAUCAGAUCUUGAAUGAUCCUGUGAUAGAUGGCAGUAGUGCUCUAAUGCCUUUUACAAGUCAAAGGGGAAUUAAGGGCAAGCAGCGAGAAAAGUUACCUGAUUGGGGAACAAAAGAUUACAAGAUUACCGCCAUAGAUGAAAACAAGAAGCAUAUGCAUAGGGAGAUCGAAAAACAAAGAAGACAAGAAAUGGCCAAGCUAUGCACCACCUUUAGAUCUCUUCUUCCUUUAGAAUAUAUUAAGGGAAAACGCUCAAUUUCUGAUCACAUGCACGAGGGUACGAAAUAUAUCAAGUACCUUCAAAAUAAGGUGAAACAGUUGCAAGCCAAGAAGGAUGAGUUAAUGAAGUUGUCUAAUUUAAGUCCUUUUGGCACUGAUACUGGAAACUUUACUACUCAUUCUCCAAUACAUGUCAUUGUUCAUCCUUGUCCAGGAGGUGUUCAGAUUAAGUGUAGUUAUAGCUUCAGGAAAUAUGUGUUUACUUUAUCAAGUGUGCUAGACAUAGUGGUUAAAGAAGGGCUUGAUGUGGUCAACUGUACUUCCAUUAAAACAGAAGAUGGCAGGUUCAUACACACUGUCCGAUCAGAGGAUCCACAUAUGAUGACAGGGAGUAAUUACACUGAACUGCAAAGAAAUCUUAUCGAAGCAAUAUCAUCUUCAGGUUUGGAGGAGAGGCUGUCGGAACCUGAAAACUGA